AUGUCUAACAAUACUCAACCGUCACAAAUGUCGUCUACUUCUCAACCGAGAAAGUUAUCUAUCUCGCCCUCAAUAAGUUCAAGUUCACGUUUUGAUAUUUCCUCUUAUUCAAACCCUCUUCCUCUUAUUUCAUGUCAACAAACAAUUCCCGUAACACCGGUAGGAAGACCUACUCCGAAUAAACGCGGACGUAAACCUUUAGCUACAAUGCCAUUAGCUAAAAAACAUAUUCAAAAUUUGAAUAAUCAAAGAGCCUUUCGUCAACGUCGAGAUCAUUAUAUGAAAAAUUUGGAAAUUAAUGCCAAAAAAUUUGAACAGGAAGCUAAAAAUCUGGGAAUUUUAUAUUCACGAGCUCAAAGUGAAAUUAAAUCUUUAAAAGAAAAACUAGCGUUAUUCGAAAAACAAAUUUCCAGAUAUCAAGGGAAUAAUUUAUGUGACGGUGAAGUUAAUAUGACAUCGUCGACGGAUAUUCAUACAAUUUCAGGCAUGAUUGAAGAUAAUCAAAUGAACGAAAAUCAAAUAUAUCAAGAUAUACAAAAAGAAGAUAAUAAUAAUUCUUGUGAUGUUAUGAAUGAAACGAACAAUUAUUGUUCUGAUAAUGAUCAAAUUUCUUCUCCAACACGAACUAAUAGAAUUUAUAAUCAAAAUUCACCUACCACUUAUCAACAAGAAUGUUUACCACUCGAAACUUAUGCAAAAUCUUGUUAUCAAUCAACAUUAAAUCAACGAAAUUUAUCUUCAUUUAUGCCUACAACCACAUCACUUCAUCAAACUUCAAAAAAUGUGACAAACAAUUCUUCUAUGUCAGUGAAAGAUACAAUUAAUCAAUCUUUGUAUUGUGGAGACCUUUGUUAUUAUCGUAUAGAAGAUGGUUUACAAUUAAACGAUGAUGAUACAAAAAAUCAACCACAAUUGCCUACGAGUAAUGGCAGAUAUUUAAAGAUGGGGAGAAAGAUAUGUGUAAUCUUUCCUAAACAAGUUAUACCGAAUGAAUCGGAAUCCUCACCGAUAUACUCUGAUUGUGAAGAAUCUGGAUCACAAUGGCAACUUCAACAAGAGGGAAGUUAUUAUUUUACUCAAUCUCCAGAUACUAUGGAAGUGGAGACAUCAUUCCCAACCUCUCAAUCUCAUCAUAAUAUAAAAUGGCUUUUGGAAAAUGAUGAACAAAAUUGUGAUGAUAUAUAA